AUGAGUGACGGGUAUGGCCCGUCCCAGAGCUCCACCGCCACCACGACACUACCGCCAGCGCAGCAAUCGGGCAAGAGGGGUCGCAACGGUGAUCUUUCAACUCCCAAUUCAGAAUCAGCUGAACCUGCUACCGCAGAUGAACCUGCAUCGACACAGCCGGGUAAAAAGCGAAAACGAGCCGCUGCACCUCCGAAGCGAACUCCAUCCACCCCGUGGCCCGACGCCUUCAAGCAGCUAUCGCGCACCCACCGCGCCCUGAACCUCGUCUACACCUUCUGUUGCACGCGAAAGCACUUUGCGACCACGUUCAGCAACAUCAAACAAGCCGUCCAAGCUCAGUUGCAAGGCCAAGAGUUGACAGUGGAGGACAUUGCUCGUGUUAGGGUGCUUGUGCCGCGAUCAGUUCGCUUUGAAUAUGUCGACGAUGCCAAACUCGAGCUUAUGACCACGGGGGAGCGAGAGAUCAAACAAUUGGGUUACGGCAGGGACAUGCUUCCUGAGACAGACGGCGUUCCGACCAGAACCCUGUUGUUCGAGCUGGUUGACCAGGAUCUCAAGCGGGAAGUGAGAGACCCGAAAACCGGAGAGCCGACAAAGCCGAGACGCAAAAUGAAGGACGAGGACCUCAAAAUGCCCGUAUACAGUCAGAAGCAGAUGUUAGCCCUCAUCGAGAAACGCAACAAGAAGUUCACCGACGCGAUCGACGAUUUUCUUGUCCGUUGCGAAGACGAGAAACUCGACCCUGUCAUGCGACUAGAAUCGGAAAAAGAUGCAUGGAUCCCCAUCCCUCCGGACGACGACGAGUUGUUGGCCUUGGCGUCCGUCAAAGCGCCCCCUCAGAUCCCCAAGGUCCGGAAAUCCAUGUCGGAAAUCGUGGAAGAGAUCCGGCAGAUGGAUUGGUAUACGGCACAGAUUGUUCCCGAGGGACAUCGAGUGUUUGAAGCACAGGCACCCAUACAUGCCGAACUCAACUUCCAGCUCUCUCAGAAUCUGGUCAAUGCAUUGUACAAUACCAAGGGCAUUACUCAGUUAUAUUCCCACCAGGCAGAGGCCAUCAAUCACUUAUACGAUGGUCACAAUGUUAUUGUGUCUACUUCCACUAGCUCGGGAAAAUCCUUGAUCUACCAGGUGCCCAUGUUGCAUGAGCUGGAGAAAGAUCCUGCUAGCCGCGGGAUGUACAUAUUUCCCACCAAGGCAUUGGCACAAGACCAAAGGCGCAGUAUGCAGGAGCUGCUUCAGUUUUUGGAUGGUCUCCAAGACACCAUCGUUGAGACAUACGACGGAGACACGCCCAUGGCCGCACGGAACCACAUUCGAGAUGAGGCGCGUAUUAUCUUCACCAAUCCCGACAUGCUACACAUCACCAUUCUGCCUCAAGAAAGCUCCUGGCGAACAUUCCUGAAGAACCUCAAGUUCGUUGUAGUCGACGAGCUGCACGUGUACAACGGACUGUUUGGGUCCCAUGUCGCAUUCAUCAUGCGUCGCCUACGCCGCAUUUGCGCCGCUGUAGGUAACCGUCAGGUGCGAUUUAUCUCCUGCUCGGCCACAGUAGCCAAUCCGGAAGCGCACAUGAAGGCCAUUUUUGGAGUUGAAGAUGUGAAAUUGGUCGACUUCGAUGGCUCUCCAUCGGGACGCAAGGAAUUUAUGUGCUGGAAUACGCCAUUCAAAGAUCCUAACGACCCAACAUCCGGCCGCGGGGACAGUGUCGCCGAAACGGCACGUCUGUUCUGCCAGCUCAUUUUACGUGGCGCGCGGGUUAUCGCGUUCUGUCGGAUCCGCAAGAUGUGUGAAGUCCUCUUGCAAGCUGUGCGGACGGAAUGCCAAAAUCUCGGUCGCGCUGAGGUUGCGAAGCUCGUGAUGGGCUACCGCGGUGGCUACAGCCCGCAAGACCGACGUGUCAUUGAAAAAGACAUGUUCGAGGGCCGAUUGAUGGGCAUUGUGGCCACUAAUGCCCUCGAGCUGGGAGUUGACAUUGGGUCUCUCGACGCCGUCAUCACUCUGGGGUUCCCCUACUCGAUCUCGAAUCUUCGCCAGCAGAGCGGGCGCGCAGGUCGACGUAACAAGGAUUCGCUCUCGGUUCUUGUCGGCGAUCGCUAUCCCACUGACCAGCACUAUAUGCGGAAUCCCGAGGAAUUGUUCACUAAGCCCAACUGCGAACUCCAAGUCGACCUAGCCAACGAACUGGUCCUUGAAGGCCACAUUCAGUGUGCUGCCUUCGAGAUGCCCAUCCGCCCCGAUGAGGACAGCACCUACUUUGGACCACAGCUUGCCGAAUUCGCCGCGACUCGCCUCACCCGCGAUGCUCUGGGCUACUACCACUGUCACGAGCGCUUCCGGCCUCAGCCGUCCCGCAGUGUUUCCAUCCGGGACACUGAAGACCAGCACUUCGCCGUCAUCGACACCACCAAUUCGCGGAACGUGGUUCUCGAAGAGGUGGAAGCUUCGCGUGCCUUCUUCACCAUCUACGAAGGAGGCAUCUUUCUCCAUCAGGGUCAAACCUACCUCGUCCAAGAAUUCCACCCCGAUCGCCAUUUCGCGCGCGUCAUCCGGGUUCAUGUCGACUGGAACACCAUGCAACGCGAUUACACCGACAUCGAUCCCAUCGAAACCGACUCCAUCCGGUUCAUCAACCAGAAUCCGUUCUCCAUCGCCGCUUCGGCUGCGGCCGCGGCCAAAACUGAAGCUCCAUCCGAGUCGCCCGACCCGCCAAGCCGCGCGUUCUUUGGCUCAAUCCGCAUCCACGCCGUUGUCUACGGGUUUUUCAAGAUUGACAAACGCGGUCGCAUCCUGGAUGCCGUCACAGUUGACAACCCCCCGAUCGACAUCUACACCAAGGGGAUGUGGCUGGACAUCCCCAAGCGGGCGCUGGAGAUCCUCCGUUCGCACAACCUCAACAUCGCGGCGGCUAUUCACGCCGCCGAACACGCCAUCCUCUCGCUGCUCCCGACCUUCGUGAUCUCUUCCCCUGGGGACGUCCGCACCGAGUGCAAGGUCGCGAAGAAGGAGAUCGGCCGCGGCCUGCGCUUGGCUGCGGAGGAAGGCCAACCGCACGAGGGCCAGACGAGGAAGCAGCUAGAGUCCAAAGUCAAGAAGAUCCUCCAGCCCCCCGCACGGCAGCGCCCCGCGCGGUUGACCUUCUAUGAUGCGAAGGGCGGGCCGUGCGGAUCCGGCAUCGCGAGCAAGGCGUUCGAGUUCGUAGACGUGCUGCUGCGCCGGGCGGUGAAGCGCAUCGAGGCCUGCCAGUGCCUCACGCCGCAGGGCUGCUUGGAGUGCGUCUGUGACGAGCGGUGCAAGGAGAUGAAUGAGGUGAUGAGUAAGGCCGGGGCUGGGGUGGUGCUGCGGUGCCUGCUGGGGUGGGAGGUGGACGUGGAUGCUCUGCCGUGGGGGGAGGAGGUCGAUCUGAGUGGGAUCUGUGGGGUGGGUGGGGAGGAGCUGCGCGGCGGGUUCGAGACGGUCGUGCCUGCGACGGAGGUGCCGCUUCGAUCUCAGCGGUAG